AGAAGAAGAAAGAAGAAGAAGAAGAAGAAGAAGAAGACAACAACAACAACAACUACAAAGCAGAUGUCGGCAUGAUGCUGUGAUUCGCGAAGUUAUUUCCAUCGUUGCUCCGUCGACUAUUCCCUACUGUGCGCAUUUUUCUUUCAUGCAAAAAAAGUAAACGUCCGAAUAAACAGGUCUCGCUGCAUUUUGAAGUGUUCCGUCCAAGCUUUUAGCUUCCAAUCGGCGAGCAAAGGGAGACGGAAGUUAGCCCCAGCAGAUCCUCAGCGUGAGAGAAAAGAGUUGUUGAUUAACGUGUGAAAAUGUGUAAAGUAGACAUGCUGAGAGUGUUGCUGAAUCAGCGGCUCGGUGCGGCCGUUGAGGAAGUAUUAGUGGUGAUUGCGCGAACGAUAGCAGAUUACGAGGAGCAGCUUUGUCGGUCCAAAGAGGAGAACGAGCGACAACGUCAACUACUGGAUGCUGUGUUCAAGCCAAGAGCUGCCUUGCACUUCGGAGUAGACGGGAAUCGGGAUCUUAAUACUGAACAGCAGGAGUGGAGCUCCAGGGCGGAGCAAGAGGAGCAAAAGCCGUCUUACGUAAAAGAGGAGGAGCAGGGUCGCGGAAUCACUCAGGAGCGAGAGCAGUUUCAGAGGGUGAAAUGCUCAGUGGUUUGUCUCCCUGUGAAGAGCGAAGAUCGUGACGGCGACAGCCAAAGUGAGGAAAGCGAAGGCGCGGAGCCGCCGAACAGUAGCUCGAACCGAAACACGACAACCGAAGGGGAUCAGGAUCGUUGCGGAGGAUCACGAGAAGACGGACCCUUAGCUCCACUAUCUGAUAAUGGUGACACAGCAUCUGACGCUGGCGAGGAAGACUCCAAAAGCGAUCCGACAUGUCACCCGGACGACACGCAUUUGACUUGUCUUCAGUGUGGCAAAACUUUUGUCCGCAAGAGCAAUCUGAAAGAACACAUGAUGAUCCACACAGGAGAGAAACCGUUCGUAUGCUCAUUUUGCGGCAAACCGUUCUCUCAAAAGGUAAACAUGAUCACACACACGAGGAGACACACGGGAGAAAAACCGUACAACUGCUCACUCUGCAGCAGAAGCUUCUACGAUUGUUCAGGUUUGGUUCAACACAUGAGGACACACACCGGGGAAAAACCCUUUCCCUGUCCGGUGUGCGGGAAAAGAUUCCGCGGAAAGUCAAUUUUGACGCGACACAUAAGGACGCACACGGGUGAGAAAGUGUUCAGUUGCAGCGUGUGCGGCCAGAGAUUCUCUUAUAAGUAUCAACUCGACAAACACGCGUGCGCCGGCGACAGCGGGAGCAGAACGCGAAGCCGCACCACUUGAAAUAAACUCGAGACUUUCGAACGUGAGCACCGCCGGGACGUCCUGGAGGCUUCGAGCGUGCAAGGCAGAUUCAUACAUGCCGUCGCGUGGCCUCGGUUGCGGUCCUCAACGCGCUUGCGAGAAGCUGGCGUAGACCGCAACUGGACAGACACAUCCGGGUCGUGAUGUUGCCGUUCAUUAGGCUCCACUCCCAAAAGUAUCGUCUUUGCUUCCUCUUGUGUUUUUGUUGAAUAAAGUGAUGUUUUUCCUUCAACAAAAAGAAAAGUUUGUGGUGCAGGAAUGGGUCAGUGCCCUUUAAAUUCACGUCAUUGGUUGAGAAUUGUUAUGAGAGCUGAUGAAAUUCAUAUAAGAGAAUUACAAAUUCAACAAUGUUCGACUGUAUUUGAAAAAAUAACGAAUCUACUAAGGAGCAGAAGGGACACGAUUAAUCUUUUACAACAUUACUUUCUUUGAGAUUUUUGGGCUCAGUAAAGGUUGGAAGAUAUUAACGUCGGUGGUUUGUUGGUCGUGAAGUUAUUUCAUUUAUUUUCAACUCACCUCAAUUUGUGCAUUAUCUGUUUCUUUUGGCGGUACUGUGGAUCAGCGGGAAAGCGUUGGCCUCACAGUUCUGAGGUCCCGGGACAGUACUUUUUGCCAC